AUGUCUGGAACCAACUGCCCAGCAUAUGAACAGUCAAGGUCCAUUGAUGAUGAUGAUGAUGAUGAUGAUGGUGAUGAUGAUGAUGAUGAUGAUGAUGAUGAUGAUGAUGAUGAUGAUGGUGAUGAUGAUGAUGAUGAUGAUGAUGAUGAUGAUGAUGAUGAUGAUGGUGAUGAUGAUGAUGAUGAUGAUGAUGAUGAUGAUGAUGAUGAUGAUGGUGAUGAUGAUGAUGAUGAUGAUGAUGAUGAUGAUGAUGAUGAUGAUGGUGAUGAUGAUGAUGAUGAUGAUGAUGAUGAUGAUGAUGAUGAUGAUGAUGAUGUUGAUCACUCCACGAGGCCCUCGUCGACACCAACGGUUUGUACUCCGUACCAGAUCAGACUACGAGCAAGCCAACUAUGGUUCUUCAAACAUGCAAAGGCGUCAAGGACUUCAACCGCUUUGGACCGGCAAGUCCUGACAAUUAGAAAAGUGAUGUACAAUCUACAAUCAUCUAACGCCCUGAAUUCAAAUGGACAGUUUUGGUCACGUGCUGCUACGGCCGAGAAUUCCAUUCCACGCAAGAUGGGCCAAGGAUUCGGGACGCUUGCCGGUUCGGCAUCAGGACGAGAUCUGAUUGGUCGAAAGUCUGGACCCAAUCAUGACUCAGUAAUGGCCAAAUGCCGGUUGCCAAUGGCGCAUCCAGAACGCGUCAGAAUUUCCAGAAAGUUACAGCCGCCUGCGCUGUAUAUAUAUGAAGCGCUGUACAACUAUUCCUGA